AUGUAUUCAGUCGAACUCUCGCGCUGUCCACAUCACUGCAUGCACCGUGGGGCAUGUUGGGGUACGGCACACAGUCAGCCGUCUUGCAAAUGUCAUUCGCCAUACAAGGGCAGGUACUGCGAGAUAGAAGAGGUCUACAAUGAAUGGUGGUUCUGGUCGGUUGUCGGCGUGGUGGCUUUCCUAAUCAUCGCCAUCCCGGUGAUAAUGUGCUUCGUCACGAGGGCACACGCGAAGAAAAGGCUGAAGGGCGGAGAAUUCAUG